CAGGAAGGGGGAGCAGACGCACAAACGCAUUGGUCAUCUGGAGGACGCGCCACUGAAAGCUUGUGACACAUUUCGUUCUCACCACGCCGUUCACUGGAACACACGAAGAUGGGAUUUGCUCUAGUGAAACAUUCGCAUGGAUGCUUCGAGAUGCGCAACUAACCAUGUAUUGCGUCGCAUUAUGGGAAAGAAAAUCAACGCUUCAUUUGUCAACUCCUGUCGGUGAAAUUAUUUAGCUCAUAACUCGCAUUUGUAUAAAAUCGGACUCCCGAGGAAAGACAACGAUGCUGUCAUAUGGCUUUGGCUUAACGCUCCUUAUUGCGGUCGUCUGUGGAGUCCGAGGAGAGCUGCACCACACUCAAGCUCCAGCCGCGCCGCUGAAUUCAACAUCUCUUGAUGAAAAUAAAGCCUUGCAUAAUGUCACAGAGGAUGUCACCGUGGGAUCACGCAUUUCAUCCAUCCUAAAAGAUCUCCCAACACUUAAAAACAUUGUCAUAGUUAUCUGCGUAUUAACCACUUCGCUUAUCACGUGCCUCCUUUUCAAAGUGUACAGAUCUGGAAGGAAGAUCAGAAAGACUCGGAAGUAUGAUAUAAUUACUACACCGGCAGAGAGAGUCGAGAUGGCCCCUCUCAACGAGGAAAACGAGGACGAAGACGACUCCACUCUCUUUGAUGUCAAGUAUAGGUGAAUGAGGUGGAUGUCUGCUUGAAGUCAGUUUGAUGAUGCGACGUGUUGAAUUCCAUGGGACACAGCAAAAGUGAGGAACCCCAAGCCCUCACCCCAAUCCCCCCCCCCCCCCACCCCAACCCAUACAGCCCCCCCGCCUUCCGAUCGAAUCAUUUCCCGUCCUCUCUCGCUGUCGUGAGCCCCACAUCGGAGGAAGGUCAACUCAUCCCGGCAUGUUUCCCAUUCCACAGUUCCAACAACAUAUGCUACGUGGGAGCAGGACCCUCUUCUACUCACUUCAGCACGUCCCUGUUGACAUUCCAAUAAAUAUUCCUUUUGGAACACAUUCACUCACUCUCUCUCUCUCUCUCGCCUAGAGCAAAAUGAUGCCCAAGUCUCCUGUGGGAUUGUGAAUUUCAAAUAACAAGAGAAGUUGCUGUAGUCCCAACAAAGACAGCACGACAGUUUGUUUCCUUAAGUGAAACAUACUCCACUAAUGCACACCAUCUGAUAUCCAGCGCUACAGUAGGAUCUUCCUUCAUCAGUGGAAGGGCCAAUGCUAUUAAUACCAGAGACUGUUGCAUACCAUGUUUCUUUAAAAGCUCUUGGGGAAUGCACUGCUUGGAUCCGGUUGAAUCUGAUCAUACCUGGAGCACAGGGGACGAAGCUGCUGGCAUCUAAUCGUCUUUGCUACUGACAAUCUCAUCUAACCGACAUUCCUACGUCACCAGUGGACUGGCUGUCCCUGCAUCUGGCUGCUCUCGAGAUCAUGGCUACACAUAAAAAGAAAUGAAGCAGAAUUUCCCAUGUGUUUAUGUAAAGAAACUUUAGCUCAUAAACCAAAACAAGUGUAUAGCUACAUUAUUUUCUUAAAUGAUUGAGAGAACAUGUGAAAAGACCACUAUUUAAUAUAUUUUCUUGCUGAGGCAUGUGAAGUCCUUUAAUUUUUUUUGUAGAAAUGAAACAUAUUCAGAAUAUAUUUAGUGAUCGUGUAAAUAUAGGAAACAGUUGUUUUUUUUGUGUGCGCGCAUACUGUACGUGACCUUUAGUUGUUGUCCUUGGCCCGAGUCUCUCCAGACCAGCCUCAUGGCUUCAGUUAGUUCUAUUUGUGCAUAUCAGUUCGCCCCCCAGUCAUAGGGUGUUGGUGGGUCAUGGGGAUAUUCAAAGUAUGUGGCAUUGUGAUGGACCUUGGAACAUUUAGUCUAAGUAGGUGUAGAGGUACAUCUCACUGGGUAUUGAUGUAGGAAAUGAAAGUAGUGUGUGUUCAAAAAUAUCAGUGCUUGCACUUGAAUUAAAGGUCUGUAGGCCCAGGGGUGAGUUAGUUAUGUACAAUCUAUGGGUGUGACAGAAGUGUCUAAAAUGUUGUCCACAGAGUUUGAUGUGGAAUUCUAGAAUGCCAUCAUUGUGGAACAUUCUUUUAUAUAGAGUUGUAAAACUUCCUGAAGUUGUCACCAGACCACACACUUGGAAUUACAGCCCUGCUUUUUAAGAAGCAAAGCAGUAAAAAGAAAAGCUAUUAAAAUCCUGUUGUCGUUUUGAACUAGACAAAAACACUAUGCAGUAUACUACAAAUAUGUUUAAGUGUUUGUUCAGUGUUUUGGCUGUGUUGAUGUUCUGACCUCAUAUGUUCCUGCCCUGUAACGUAUUUGACAGUUUGUAGGCUGCUGUUAGAGGUCAUCUUAUCACUCGAGUUUUAUGUGCACACACACAUACAUACACACACACACACACACACACACACACACACACACAGUAGCAGGUAAAUGGGAAGGGCAUCUGUCUGACCGAUAAAACAGCAGAGCCUUAAUCUAUGAAAACUUGGAGCCAACGAUUAACCAGUAAUGCAAUACCACGGAAUACCGCAGAGUCAGUCAGCCUGUAUGUGUGUGUGUGUGUACCAGACCUCAGGCAGUGCAGACAGACUACAUUGGGAGCCGAAUCACACACUCAUUUGUCUUCUUCGUGCCGUGGGCACUGCCUUGGGAGAUCUCCGGUCAUGUUCUGUGUUGUUGUGUUCUGUGAUAUACUCCAUGGCUAAUGUCUGUGGCAUGUUGCUGGUGUGUAGUUCAUGCAGCUUACAGAGGCAACGGAAAUCAUGUGGCGAGCAGAGCAGAGCAGGGGAGGAGAGGAGAGGAGAGCAGGCCAGUGUGUGGCAAGUGAAGUGCACAUAAUGGUGUUGACUGAAAUGAAAGGCUGCAUUAUCAGUCGGUGUAGAGGGGGGGGGGGAGGUAUAGUCUUUCAGGGGCUCUGGUUUAGAAGAGAUGAGGUGUUGUAUUUUAGAGUUACUAAAUGAGCGGUAAGAGCUCUGUGUUCAGAAUUACUUUUAAUGGUAACUGGAAUCAUCAACCCAUACUGAGAAUGCACUCUUCAGAAUGCUAUUUUACAUAUAUAUUUUAUUGCUAUUUUGUUUUACUUUUAUUUCCAUUUAGAUCUGCUGAUUCAACAUUCCCCCAAUAUGAAGGCCUCUUUUCUAGAACAGAAUCUAUCGAUUUUCACAAACUGAAUUUUGAUUUCGUUUUGCAUUGUAUCACUGUUUUGUUUGAACUUGGUCAGGAACAACCUUGACACACUUCCAACUGCCCCAAACUACCAAUUUAUUAAAUUUAUGGGGGGGAAAAAAUCAUGCCACUUAAAUGUCUUUUUUAAUGUUUUGGAAAAGAGCUCUUCUAUCCACUCCGCUGGUGUUCAUGGUAAUGUAAACCUUGUCAUGUGGAAUACCACAUCUGUUUUGGUUAAUCCAUCAAGAUUGUUGUAUUUUUUUUUGUUUCUUUAAUCUUGAAAUGAGCAUCUGUGAAAAGUCACAUAGUUAUUAUGUGCCACUUUGUUCCUUUUGUGUACGUUACCUUCAAUUUAUGUGGACAUUUUUGUUAAUCAUAUAGUCACCCUUAGCCAUAGAUUCAUUUUGAUAACGCUCAGACAAAGCUAUCAGUGUGCUACAUGAUGCAAUGACUAAAAACUGGAAUUUUAAAGCAUGUGUAUUUCUAUUAUUUAAGAAUUUGAUUUUCAUAAAGAUUGUAAUAAAGUGAUAUUCAUAA